AAUUGCUCAUCAUUCUCUUAUCAGUUGGAUCCAAUACAGCAGCACACAUCUGUCGGUCAUUCCGGAGCUCGCGCGCACACAUGGCAAUCGUUCGGUCGGUACUCAUAAAAAUGUAUCGUCGCAGAUAGACUUCCGCAUCGCAUAACUACCCUGCUCAAUCCAACUUGUGUUCCACUGCUCUCUCGUUCUUCCUCCUCCUCUUGUCCUCCCUUCUCUGUCCCUUGUCGUGCAUUUCUAUAUAGAUUGGUUGUGGCAGUCAAGUGGCACUGCGCGACAAUCGUCACAGAACAACGAACCGCAAGACAACACCUCUCUGAUCUCUUGGAGCGCUCUGCUCCUUCGCGCUGCCAUCAUGAGUGGUGGACCUAUGCUCGACGAUCUGGCUUAUGCCGCCGCGAUCCGUCAACCCAGUAUCGUCCCAGCACCUGACGAGAAAGGUGCCCUCGAUGUACAUGUUGGUGGUGCUCCUCCGAAUUACUCCAGCUCGGAGGAAGGAGACUCGCAUCUUCCGGAGCCAACACAUGAGGAGCUUCAAACUUUGCGUCGUAUCUCCGGCAAGAUCCCAUGGCAAGCUAUGUCAAUUACCUUUGUCGAGUUUUCAGAGCGAUUCUCUUGGUACGGAACUACAGCUCUUUUCGUCAACUUCAUUCAACAGCCGCGACCAUUUGGCUCACGGACGGGCGCCAUUGUCGAAAGCGACUACUGUUACAAUGCCCCAGGAUGGGAUUACGACUCUUGCACCCAGCCCGGUGGUCUGGGACGGGGUCAACAGGCCUCUACUGGUUUGACUACUUUCAACCAGUUUUGGGCGUAUCUCAUGCCGCUCUUCGGCGGUUACAUUGCCGAUACAUACCUCGGACGAUACAUGACCAUUCAAUGCUCGAUCGCUUUCGCCAUUCUCGGCCACAUUUUGCUCAUUAUCUCGUCGCUGCCUACCGUCAUGGACUCUCCUGACACUGCACUUGGAGUCUUCGCCUUGGCGCUGGUCAUCCUCGGCCUGGGAACAGGUGGAUUCAAAUCAAACAUUUCACCACUCCUCGCCGAGCAAAUUGCCGAAACCCGUCCUCAUGUGGUUACGGACAAGAAGGGCGAGCGCGUCAUCCGUGACCCGGCCGUCACUAUUUCUCGCGUUUUCCUAUACUUUUACAUGAUGAUCAACAUUGGUUCGCUCAUCGGCGGUAUUGGCAUGGUUUAUGCAGAGCGCUACAUCGGCUUCUGGCUUGCUUAUGCACUCCCGACAUUCGUCUUCUUUCUCGCUCCGGUAGUCCUGAUCACCACCAAGAAGAAGUUAAUCACCCGACCUCCGACUGGAUCCGUCCUCGGCCGUGCUUUCAAGCUGUUGAGUAUGGCAAGCAAGGGCAAGUGGUCCAUCAACCCGGUUCGCACGUACCGUAACUACAACCAAGGCGGUUUCUGGGAUGCCGUCAAGCCUAGCACUCUCGGUGCCAGUGCGCCCGAAUGGAUGCGCGACAUCGAUGACGCCUGGGUCGAGCAAGUCGCUCGUGGUUUUGAUGCUUGCAAAGUCCUCUUCUGGAUGCCGCUGUACUGGCUCUCCUACAAUCAGAUCACCAACAACUUGACCUCGCAAUCUGCUGUUAUGCAGCUCAACGGAGUCCCUAACGAUCUCAUCAACAACCUCAACCCCCUCACUCUCGUCAUCUUCAUCCCUAUUAUGGACUACGCCGUCUAUCCUGUCCUCCGCAAAUUCCACAUCCACUUCACCCCGAUCAAGCGAAUCGCGGCCGGUUUCUUCGUCGCCAGCGCCGCCAUGAUCUCCUCCGCCGUCAUGCAACACUACAUCUACGCCGAGUCUCCCUGCGCCGCCGACGUUAUCAGCACGCAAAAGGGCUGUGCCGCGCCCAUCAACGUCUGGUGGCAGGCCAUUCCCUACUGUCUCAUCGCUUUCAGCGAGAUCUUCGCCAGUAUUUCUAGCUUGGAGUACGCUUUCAGCAAAGCGCCCGAGAACAUGCGUGGUUUGGUCAUGGGUGUGCAGCUUCUACAGUCGGCUUUCUCUUCGGCCAUCGGACAGGCGCUUCUGCCUUUGUCGACUGAUCCUCUGCUUGUGUGGAACUAUGGUGUCGUCGCUGUCCUUGCCUUCAUUGGUGGUGUGGGCUUCUGGUGGACCUGGAAGGAUCUUGAUGCUCGCGAGGAUGAGCUCAACAUGAUUCAGCACACCAGCUACGAAGGCCGUAAGGGCUCUGUCGUCGGCGAUGACGUUGCGAGGACACCUGUCGAGAAGAUCUGAGGAUAAUUCUACUUGGCUGAUUCCGCUUGAAGCGUUGGUAUUUUGGGGCAAUGUUCUGAGUAACGAAUUAAAUUCCAAAGAUGAUUUACACGUUUAUGACAUGAUACACCUUUGAAAUAUGUCCUGCACAAGUUAGAAGAGUUCCAUGAUGACGAAAAGUAUCGUCAUCAUGAUCUGACAGGAAAGGUGCUCUGACGCAUACGAAUGGAGCAUUUAUAUGCAGUUUCAGUAGACGGACUACUCUCAUUCAUACUUCCUAGAACAUCAUCCUGUUGCGCCAACAACUAACGUCCCUCCCGGCGU